GGACCGCGGUGCGCCGGGCGUGAGCGUGGGAGAGAGCGCGGCCGCCUGUGCCGGCGCCGCCCCGCUGCCGUCUGUCCGCCUCAGCCUCGCGCGCUCAGCGGCGGCCGGUCUCUGGACUACAAUGAAAAGAGGAAACAGAUACUAGGAGUAUUUUUUAAAACAGCUAUUUGAUUUCUUCUCAAAGUCACUGCUGCCUUCUGAGCUAAUAUGACAGAUACCUAGCAUCUAGCAAAAGAAUGGCAGCUGCUUAUCUUGAUCCAAACUUGAAUCAUACACCAAGUUCAAGUACUAAGACUCACCUGGGUACUGGCAUGGAACGGUCCCCUGGUGCAAUGGAGCGAGUAUUAAAGGUCUUUCAUUAUUUUGAAAGCAAUAGUGAGCCAACCACCUGGGCCAGUAUUAUCAGGCAUGGAGAUGCUACUGAUGUCAGGGGCAUCAUUCAGAAGAUAGUGGACAGUCACAAAGUAAAGCACGUAGCCUGCUAUGGAUUUCGCCUCAGUCAUCUGCGAUCAGAGGAAGUUCACUGGCUGCAUGUGGAUAUGGGAGUCUCCAGUGUGAGGGAGAAGUAUGAACUCGCCCACCCACCAGAGGAAUGGAAAUAUGAGUUGAGAAUUCGUUACUUGCCAAAAGGAUUUCUAAACCAGUUUACUGAAGAUAAACCAACACUGAAUUUCUUCUAUCAACAGGUGAAGAGUGACUACAUGCUAGAGAUAGCCGAUCAAGUAGACCAAGAAAUAGCUUUGAAGUUGGGUUGUCUGGAAAUUAGGAGAUCCUACUGGGAGAUGCGGGGCAAUGCCCUAGAGAAGAAGUCCAACUAUGAAGUGUUAGAAAAAGAUGUUGGUUUAAAGCGAUUUUUUCCUAAGAGUUUACUGGAUUCUGUCAAGGCCAAAACACUAAGAAAACUGAUCCAGCAAACAUUUAGGCAGUUUGCCAACCUUAAUAGAGAAGAAAGCAUCCUGAAAUUCUUUGAGAUUCUCUCUCCAGUGUACAGAUUUGACAAAGAAUGCUUCAAGUGUGCCCUUGGGUCAAGUUGGAUUAUUUCCGUGGAACUGGCGAUUGGCCCAGAAGAAGGGAUCAGUUACCUGACAGACAAGGGCUGCAAUCCCACACACCUAGCUGACUUCAACCAAGUGCAGACCAUUCAGUAUUCAAAUAGUGAAGACAAAGACAGGAAAGGAAUGCUACAACUCAAAAUUGCUGGUGCCCCUGAGCCUCUGACAGUGACGGCACCAUCCCUAACCAUUGCAGAGAACAUGGCCGACCUGAUUGACGGAUACUGCCGGCUGGUAAACGGAGCCACACAGUCCUUCAUCAUCAGACCACAGAAAGAAGGUGAACGGGCGUUGCCAUCGAUACCAAAGUUGGCCAAUAGCGAAAAGCAAGGAAUGCGGACACAUGCAGUCUCUGUGUCAGAGACAGAUGACUAUGCCGAGAUCAUCGAUGAGGAAGAUACAUACACCAUGCCCUCGAAAAGCUAUGGAAUAGAUGAAGCCAGGGAUUAUGAGAUUCAGAGGGAAAGAAUAGAACUUGGACGCUGUAUUGGAGAAGGUCAGUUUGGAGAUGUACAUCAAGGCGUGUACCUGAGCCCAGAGAAUCCAGCUUUGGCUGUUGCAAUCAAAACAUGUAAAAACUGUACUUCGGACAGCGUGAGAGAGAAGUUCCUUCAAGAAGCCUUAACAAUGCGUCAGUUUGACCAUCCUCACAUCGUGAAGCUGAUUGGAGUCAUUACAGAGAAUCCCGUCUGGAUAAUCAUGGAGUUGUGCACGCUUGGAGAGCUAAGGUCAUUUUUGCAAGUAAGAAAAUACAGCUUGGAUCUGGCAUCUUUGAUCCUAUAUGCCUAUCAACUUAGUACAGCACUCGCGUAUCUGGAGAGCAAAAGAUUUGUUCACAGGGACAUUGCUGCUCGAAAUGUUCUGGUGUCCUCAAAUGAUUGUGUAAAAUUAGGAGACUUUGGAUUAUCCCGAUAUAUGGAAGACAGUACUUACUAUAAAGCUUCCAAAGGAAAAUUGCCUAUUAAAUGGAUGGCUCCAGAGUCAAUCAAUUUUCGACGUUUUACCUCAGCUAGUGACGUGUGGAUGUUUGGUGUGUGUAUGUGGGAGAUACUGAUGCAUGGCGUGAAGCCUUUUCAAGGAGUGAAGAACAAUGAUGUGAUCGGUCGAAUUGAGAAUGGGGAAAGAUUACCAAUGCCUCCAAAUUGUCCUCCCACCCUCUACAGCCUUAUGACGAAAUGCUGGGCCUAUGACCCCAGCAGGCGGCCCAGGUUUACUGAACUUAAAGCUCAGCUCAGCACAAUCCUGGAGGAAGAGAAGGUUCAGCAAGAAGAACGGAUGAGGAUGGAGUCCAGAAGACAGGCGACCGUGUCCUGGGAAUCUGGAGGGAAUGAUGAAGCACCACCCAAGCCCAGCAGACCUGGUUAUCCUAGCCCAAGGUCCAGUGAAGGAUUUUAUCCCAGCCCACAGCACAUGGUCCAGACCAAUCACUACCAGGUCUCUGGCUACCCGGGUUCCCAUGGAAUCCCAGCCAUGGCUGGCAGCAUUUACCCAGGUCAGGCAUCUCUUCUGGACCAGACAGAAUUGUGGAAUCACAGACCUCAGGAGAUGUCCAUGUGGCAGCCCAGUGUGGAGGACUCAGCAGCUUUGGACCUAAGAGGGAUGGGUCAGGUGCUUCCCCCUCACCUGAUGGAAGAGCGGCUAAUCCGACAGCAGCAGGAAAUGGAAGAGGACCAGCGCUGGCUGGAGAAGGAAGAGCGAUUUCUGAAACCUGAUGUGAGGCUCUCUCGAGGCAGCAUCGACAGGGAGGACGGGAGUUUUCAGGGUCCGACUGGAAACCAACACAUCUAUCAGCCUGUGGGGAAACCAGAUCCUGCUGCUCCACCAAAGAAACCACCACGCCCUGGAGCCCCUGGCCACCUAAGCAACCUGGCAAGCAUAAGCAGCCCUGCAGACAGCUACAAUGAGGGUGUCAAGCUUCAGCCCCAGGAAAUCAGCCCCCCUCCCACUGCCAACCUGGACCGGUCCAAUGACAAGGUGUAUGAGAACGUGACGGGUCUAGUGAAAGCUGUCAUCGAGAUGUCCAGCAAAAUCCAGCCAGCUCCUCCGGAGGAGUACGUCCCUAUGGUGAAGGAAGUUGGCCUGGCUCUGCGGACCUUACUGGCCACCGUGGAUGAGACCAUUCCUGUCCUCCCAGCCAGCACGCAUCGAGAGAUCGAGAUGGCGCAGAAGCUGCUGAACUCCGACUUGGGUGAGCUCAUCAGCAAGAUGAAGCUGGCCCAGCAGUAUGUCAUGACCAGCUUGCAGCAGGAGUAUAAGAAGCAGAUGCUGACAGCUGCUCAUGCCCUGGCUGUGGACGCCAAGAACCUCCUUGAUGUUAUUGAUCAAGCAAGACUGAAAAUGCUAGGGCAGACACGGCCACAUUGAGCCACUGGCCAUCGAACACGGCUUUCUGCCCUUUGGGAGAUCUUCUCUAGCAUUCCACCAGCAACAAGGAAGUAACUGUGUCCUCGGACGCCCGCACUCACAACUCCAACUGAAUGACAGCUAGCUGAAAGUCUCUCGUAUAAGUUUAACCACUUAUGUGUGGUUUUGAUUUUGUUAUUUUUCUAAAUAAUGUUCAGAAAAGUCUGGAUCCAAAAAUGUGGCAUUUUUCUGAGAAUGAAGAUUGUACAUUAAGAAGCUUUUAAAAUAGACUUGGUGUUGGAAUUGGGAAGUGUGCUCCUAGAAGUGGUAAUUCCUACUGACCAUGGCUUCAAGAUGGAAGAGGAGUGUCUGAGGAGGGAGGGCUCCCCAAGACCACGGAGGCUGGCCAUCCUUCCUGCCAGAGUUCCUGGGUUCCAGUAUGCUAAUCUCAUUUACAGAGAAAGUGCAUAAAAGCUAUAUUUUGAAGACUAAGUGGUUUCAGAAGAAAACUUCUGCUCUCCCUGUCUUUUCUUUCCCAUGGAUACUGAAGCAUUGAGUUGCGAACUCUCUGUAGAACUGAUGAUAACUCUUGUCUUUCCUCACCAGAAUUCUGUGCCAGUUUUUUGUAGCAAUGUAAUUUUUCUUGGGAGCAGAAAUGCUUUGUACCAGAGCACUCCCAGCUGCAUCAAGGUUCCGGAACCAUCCCUGUUCUCCAUUUUUAUAUAAUUUAUAAGAAUGAUUAAAGCCAUGUUGACUCUUACAGCCACUGGAGCUAACUGAUCUUCAUUGCGUCUGUCUUCCCAAGGAGGACCCCGCAGGACAGACAGGGGUGUGGUUCUCUUUAGAUGUCCGCUUGUCACACCAUGCGUUCUGUUAGAUGGUUUUGAAAGCAUACCUUCCCUUUAGUUUGUCGGGGGAUAUAAAUUAUUCUCAGGAAUAAUAUAAUGAAUUGUACAGUUACUCUGACCUAUUAAAAAGGUGGCGCCAGUAAA